UUGGCCCUAAUCAUAAUUGCAAGCCAUGUGCCAAGUGCAAAGUCCCCUCAGGAAGGGUUGGACUGAAUAGAAUAAAUAACAUAUCCUGUUAUCCUGAGGGAAAGUUUCUGGUUUAGAAAAUAAGAAACAGAUAAAAAGCACUUUCAAUUGCCAACAUGGUUUUGUGCUUUCAUUAGUGAGUAUUUCUAAGUAAUGAUAAACAUCCACAGGGCUUUGCGACAAAAUAAAAAUAAUAAAUAAGAGCCUCAGAUCUAAAUGUCGAAGAUAAGAAUAAUCAAAACAUGAUUGAAAAAGAAAGAGAAGUCAGCUUAUUUAUGUAGCACUUCCCUUACAAAGUGCUUUACAAAAAGAGCAACCACAGCUUGAACAUUUUAAUCAGACUAACAUGAGAAAGGGUAUUAAGAGGUUUAGUCAGAGUGAAUAAAAGAUUAUGACAAAACUUUCUAAAAGCUUUCACAAAAAGAAAACUUUGAAUUCAUACAAAUGGGUACACAUUUAUCAAAUUCCCUGAAACGUUAUAUUGUAUAGUGUUGUAUAGUAAUUGAUACAUUUCUGCUAAAACCAUAGACUUGCCCGUUUUGUCAGCACCUGGGAUCUUGACAUGACUUUAAAGAGGAGGCUGAUUUUUAAUCUUGUAAAAAGAGAAUCUUUGGUUUUGUAUUUGUAAACCUUCACUUUGCACAAGUUGAAACUGUCAACGUUCAGAUACUUCAUAGACAAAAAACACAAAAAGCCCUGCAACAUUUAUUCAGGCAACAGCACAGGGUAACUCUUGAAUAACACUAUAUAGUCUAAAAUACAUUCAUAUAUUGAUUACUAUAGGUCUUAAAUAUGCUAAGGUCAGUCUGAUAUAUUAGGGUAAAUUUAACGGUAUUCUGUCUAUCUGAAAAAUAUGGUGGGGUGCAGAUUUUGUAAUGUCUCUGUGUUGUAGUUCUUUCUCAUCAAUACAGAUAUUAGCUGUAAUGAAACUACAACCAGGACCAACAUGAUAUGUGAUAGUAUUCAAACACCCAGUUAGAAUUUAUCUCAAUACACUCUGCUUGGCAAUAUGAAGAUAAUGGAUAUUAUCUACUUGUCUAUGCUUGUAUUUUGAGAGAUGUGAUAUUUCCAGGGUCAUUCUUCUGCUUACUUCACCCUUCAAUCUUCAAUUAUGGGGAAGUUUAAGUAAUUCUUUGGCAAUUCACAUAGUAUAUUAAUUUCUUUAAUUAUGGAGUUAAAAAGUAAAAAAAUUGUAGAAACCCAGAAAGAGACAGAGAUGAUAGAGAGAUUCACAGUUUUAGGACAACCGACCUGCCAAGUAAAUACAGCGAAGUAUACAGAGGAGAACGGUCUGACUGUACACUGGGUGAAUUUUUUGUUUAAAAAACAUUGAUGACAUUUUUUUUUUAUUCAUUUUAAGCAUCCAUUUUUAGUGUCUACAACUUAGGAGCAGUGCUGUAUAUUGUGGAUUUUCCCAUUCAGAAGAGUCUACUUCCUUUUCCUCUGGAGUUCCCACAUGACAUUCUCACAUCUUAAAGGAAACAAGUAUACCAGAAGUGGAUCACAUGCUUGCUCUUACCUCCCUCUCUACCUUGUGAUUCACCUUCCUGGUGAGUUAAAGAGAAAACAUUCCACGGAAGUGUGGCGCUACAAUCUGCAGACUACAGGAAUAGAAUUAGAUUGGACUGUCGACACACCGGCGAAAUCUCCAUGUGCCUUGAACUCAUCGGCAGACCUAACAUAGACACUGAGGCCUACUGCAAUUUGCCAGUUACCCUGUGACCUUAAAAAAGAAAGAAAGCCAAAAAGUGAUCUUCCUUCCUGUUCCAGCUCCAAAUCCGGAGCCAGUUUCCUGUAAAGUGAUAACCUUUCUAUUAUCUACAAACAGGGAGGUCAGCCCAGGAGGGAGAAGGGUUACAAGGUAAUUAACUCAACCCACUUCUUGGAAAACACAUGUUAUAAUUGGGGUUUAAUGGCAUUUAUUUUAAAAUGAAACAUAAGACGCAUCUAUUGAUCAAAUCUCUCAAUCAGGCUUUAUAAUCUUUACAAUCCCACAGAAACCAAACCACUAAAUAACACUUUCUCUCAUUUAUUUCAAAAUUGUCCUAUGCCAUGAAUGACUAUAUUUUUUUUUCUGUUCAAAAUGUACCGAUUGAAAAUGUUCAUUUAUAAAAAUAUAUACAAAAAUAUAAUUUUAAAAGUUCUUCCAUACUUUAACAAGUGAUGCAAUAAACAUUGUUUGAAGAGAGACAAGCAUCAGGCGGAGUCUCGUUUCCUAAACAAGAAGUCCCUCCUUUCCUGCAGCAGCACCAAACACCUUGGACUGUCGGGAAACAAAGAUGCAGCAAAGACGAAGAGCUUUAUCCAAGAUCUUAUCAGAGAAAACAAUAGACACUGACUUUAUGGAGUCUGUUAUAGAGCCAAUAGAAAUUCCCGACUCUUCAUUUGCAUAAAAACCACCCUUUCUUUAACUAAUUUAAAUACAAUCUGAAGUCCUAAACAUCCAUGUCAUUUACAGUAAGGUACCUUCAAGAUCUUUGUAUGUUGGUAUUUACUGAAGUGAGUACAAAUAGUGAACUUUAAAUGGUUAAUGACAUCCAGUGACAUCAAAUGCAGAAAUAUUUCAAACCCCUUUACCUUUUUCACCUUCUGUUGCACUGCAGCCUCAUGCUAAAAAUAAUUAAAGUUUAUACUUUUUAGCCAUGAAUCUAAAUAUAAUUUCAAAUCGGAAAAAAAAACAAUGCAAGAAUUUAUUGCAAAAUGUAUUAACAGCAAUUUUGAAAUACAAAAAAUCACAUUGAAGUAUUCAGACCCUUUACUCAGUAGCUGUCUACAAUGGUUGCAAAUACAGCCUCAAGUCCUCAUGAGGAAGUUUCACAAACCUGGACAGGGAGAUAUUCUGCAGAUCCUCUCAAGUUCUGCCAGUUUGGACAGAAACUCUCACUGGACAUUUCCAUCUAGCUCCAGCAGCAUUGUAGCCCUUAAGUCCAGGACCCAUACUCAAUCCUGUCUUUCAGGAAUCGUGACUUGACUUAAACUGGUGGCUAUGUUCAUUCAUUUUUUAUAAUUCAAUCUUAACAUUUUAACUCUGGAAUACAUGACCUCAUUAACAAUAUACCCUUGUAAAGAAAAAAAAGUAAGACACCAAGAAAACACGAGAUACAUUGCAAUUCGCCAAAUAAAAAAAAUAUAAAAUAAAAUAUUUAUUUGUUAUGUUAUUUGAAUUGCCCUAAGAAUAAAAAUGAGUGGAAAUUGACAUUGCUGUGGGUGUUUAUGCAUGUUGUAGGUGCAUUAUGAGAAAAACGGGAUUUGCUGAGCUCAGUAAAAACUAGUGUCACUGCAGCUUAAUCCAGUGUUUCCGAACAAAUAUAAGUUUUAAUAUCUUUUUAAUUUAUUUAAAAAAUUUAUUUUUUCAUAAUUAAUCAUGUAAUUGAUUAAUUUAUGGUUUCAAAGGGGGACUGUCGGGUCUUGGUGAGGGUACGUUUAGUUAGUCUUUGUGUUUUGUGAUUUGUUGUUGUGGUUUAUCAUUUGUCGUUGUGCUUUUUUACAUUACUCUUGUGUUUGGUGAUUUGUUGUUGUGGUCCUUUCUUGGUUGUUGUGUUUUCUUACAUCACUCUUGUGUGUGGAGAUUCAUCGCUGUGUUUUCUUAUUUGUUGCUGUGUUUUUAGAUGUCCACCACAGGGCCACCGUAGCAGAUAACUUUAGGAUACGACGUCACAUCCGGCUCAAACUUCAGCGCGCGGUUUGUUUGUUUAUCUGAAGUUAAGUCGAUAACUAGACAACAAUGGCGUCGUUUAGGACAAAAUAACUCACAGGAACCCAAGAUACGGUCUUACAGUCAGGUGCUGGUGAAAUGUCGUCUCUAACUUCGUGUGACUCACUUGUUGUGAACCGUGCAGCGGACAGGACGGCGGUCCGGAGCUGUCAUCAUGUCCCAGAGCAACACGUCGCUCCUGGACGAGGUGGCGCAGUGGAGUCCGGAAACCUGCCGCCAGGAGCUCAAGGCUGUUCUGCCCAAACUCAAUUCCCUGCAGCUCAAAUCUGAGAGCUGGGAUGAUCACAUACGUAUACUGAAGAUAAUCACAGACAUGUUCCUUCCACAUCUUGCUUUGUCAGAGCUGGAGGACGAGUGCUUCUCUAAGAUUUUACCUCAGGCUGUAGCAGUGUUCGACAGCAUGAUGAAAGAAAUCUCAGGCCAAGUUGGAGAGCUGUCCAGUCAAAACACUGAACUGUGUGCCUUACUAAGGAAGAUUCUUCAGGCAAUGAUUCAGAUAAUUGACACGCUGUCCACGUGCGUGCGUCAUGUUGGCUCAUUCGAGGAGCCUCCUGACCUGGAAUCUAUCCGCUCCUUACCUACUUGUAUCCUGAAGAUCCUGAGGGAAACCUUUCAGCACUGCAAGGAGAGUGAGGUGGUUUACUGUGGCCGUCUGUCCCUGGUGGCUGACCUGCUGCAAGGACUCUUCAAAGAGGCUUACUCCCUUCAGAAGGGUCUGCUGGAGCUGUUGGACAGGGUCUCUCUCGACAGCACUGCCUCAAAGGAGGAGGUCUCUGACAUCGUUACAGUGAUUCACAACCUGCUGGAUAUCUGCUCUAUUAUCGCCAACCUGGACAUAGCUCUUCAUGCAAACACAUGGAAGUUCCUCAUCAAACAGAGUCUGAAGUACCGACCACUGGUGGAGGAACAUCUGCAUCAUGGUGACAUCAGCACCACCCUGUGUGACAACUUGUUGACUUCCUGCCAAAACUCUGUGGAGUUGGCUGAACAGAUCAAACAAGCUGGUCUACAGGAGGCAACACAAAGCCCAGAAUACAAGUUGUUCCAGAAAUCUGCAAAGAUGUGCAAAUUCUUUGCCAACACAUUGGUUCAUUACAUAAAGGAAUUCAAAUUUUUUCUCACAAAGUAUUGCAGCUGCUUUCACCAACUCUACCUCCAGAUCAUUAGUAAGUUCCCUCCCAGCCUGUGUGCUCCAUCGCUGCCCAAGGCUCUGUCUGAGGAGCUGAAUGCAGUCGCUCUGGUUCCCAUGGACGCCCUCCUGCUCCAGCUGCUGCCUUUAAGGCCGUUCACUGAAGUUCUCCUCCAACACGACCUGAGGUUAAGUCCCGAACAUGAGCUUCCUCACUGUCUCUUGCUGGUGAAUGUCUUGGGUCAGCUGGCCUCCCAGCCAGAGGAGGUGCUGCAGCUUUGGUACACUGGCAGCCAGUUCUCAGAAGAGACACCCAGGCUUCCUCUCUUCAAGGCCUUGUUCACUAGUUUCCGUCGUUGCUACACUGAGCGUAAAGCCCCUGUGCUCUUGCCAGGGGUGAUGAUGAGAGGUCAGGCCCAGGUCCAGGUCAGCCUGCACCACCACGUCUGCGUGCACCUCUGUGCCAGCGUGUCUGCGCUGCCUCCGGCCUACUUCGCUAAACUGGAGCAUUGUUUGGUUGAUGCGGUCCUGCAGGCUGAUACACAGACGGCUUUACUGGCAACUGAUGUGUGGUGCUUCACUGCACGGUAUGGGACCGCAGAACUUUGUCUACAUCAUGUCCUCCUCAUUGCUCAGCUGGUAAAAACAUGCACUGCUGAGUGUUACCAGGCGUUCCACCUGGGCCUGCUGCUUAAACGCAUGGUUUUCCUCAUGACGCCACACCACCAGAUGGAGCUGGUGACACGUUUUCCCCCCUCUGAGGAGGUAAACCUACCGGUGUGGCGUCAUGUCCUCCCCAGAGCUCUUUCACAAGAUGUCCGUCACCAUGUAGAGACAGGCAUAGUUAGCGUGGCUCAGAAGGCUCUGACGGACUGGCAGAAUGGAGGAUACAAACUGGGACAUGUGAACCAACUGAACGUGGUGCUGUUAUCCCUCCUCGCUGUGGUUCAAGGGCAGUCGUCUCCUGAGGAACAAUUGGUGUUGUCUGUGAUGAGGAUAGUCACACAGCUUUGGUUAUGCAUGAGUUCAGAUCAGGUGCAGACCCACCCUGUGCUCCAGUGUACCCUGCAGCUGCUCCUGUCCAUAUCGGCCAAAUUAGUGAAAGACAUAGAACCUCAAGUCGUUUACCAGGCCGUGUUGUGUGUGGAUGCUCUGGCAUCUCAGAAGUGCGCAGAUCAGCUGCUGCUGGCUGUUCUGGAGUUCCUCGGCUCUCUGGGAAAGAUCUUUGUUCCUCCUGACAUUCAGAGUCAAAUUCUGCCGAGGCUGAGCAGCCUGUUCGGCGUCGUGCUGGCUGACACGUGCUGGCUGCUGCAUCAGCAUGCACUGGAGGCCUUUUCUCAAUUUGCAGAGGUCACAAACCAUGAGGAGGUCAUUUCUCAGAGUCUGAGUGUAGAAGAAACAAAGACCAAGGUGGUGAAUUAUCUGAGCAAGACUGUGAAUGCACAGGAAGAUGCUGAGUCCCGGCUACAGAGGCUCAAGGUGGAGACGUCACAGAUUGAGCAACACAAUGAGAAGCUGGAGAUCAACAGAGAAAAUGUUUGUCACAAACAGGCUGAAGAACCAGUGGCAGAAUCAGAGCCGUGUCCAAAGAGAGCUCGGCAGGAGACGAGUGUGGAGGAGUACAGCCGCUACAUCCAGACAGCAGAGAGUGCUUUAAAAGCCCUGCAGGCCCUCAUCGAGGACACAGCCGAUGCUACGGCGCCCCCACAGUGGCUGGAAACCAAACUGCAGGAGUUACAGACCCUCAUAACCGACAUCAGUACAGCCGGGCACAAAACAGAAUGACAUUCCCAGAUUAUUUAUGAUCUGUUUCAUCAGUCUGUGUUUGUAUUACUGCUACUGCAAAUAAUUUCUAUUACAUUUUUACAACUGUCAGUCUUGUUUUAUAUGAUGUUUAUUAAACUUGUCUUAAUACCAAGAAGAUAGUUUAAGUCUUCACUGCCUGGGAAAGGACCAUUGUGAAACGUCUGUUUCAAACAGAACAGGGACAUAUCGAUUGAGUAAAGUCUUUAUUUCACCAUAAACCCCCAAACUAAUAAAUUAUAUCAUUCCCAUUCCACAUUCAUUCAAAGUGCAAACCUUCUGUGAAUCAAACCCAUCACACUUUGACAACUUGCCAAAAGCAUUUCUAGAUCUCAAUGCCAAUAGUGAAAUUGGCACGUUUAAACAAACAAAAUUUAAAGAUGAAAUAAACAGGAUAAUAUUCAACUCUUAUUAAGAUCAUUCAUUUCCAGGUAACAUCAGUUGGCAAAAUUUAAAGUGGCUUCAUUUAUCCAAGUCUAACAUCUGAUCAGUAUAUGAAACUUCCAGUUCAGAAGAAAAUUUGCUUAAUGAACAAACUGAGAAUGAAAGUAAUAACCAAUAAAACAGGAUAAAAGAUGGCUCACUCCAUCCCAGUCAUUUUUAUUACUGCAUCAUGAUGAAUGAGAACUGGAGCAGUUGGCUGGGAAGUGGUCGCUUCUAGAGAUCAAGGUUUUUUCCAGUUAUCAAGUCUUUUGCUUAAGAUAAAAAAAAAAAAAAAAAUUAUGGAGCUGUUGUCAUCACCAGGCGUUCUCGUCCUCCCAGUUCACGUCGUCUUCAUCGUCCCA